UCUCGCAGCUCUUCUCGCGGUGACGUGAUGAAGUGAAGAGAGAGGAGAGAAAAGAUGGCGGAGAACAGCGGCGCGGACCCCGCCGUGGAGAGCAAAUCCGAGGAAAAUGCGGCCGCCGGCGGCACCAUCAUCAUGGUCACCGUCAAAACGCCCAAGGACAAGGAAGAAAUAGCGAUAUCCGAAGACGCGUCUGUCUCUCAGUUCAAAGAAGAAAUCUCCAAAAGGUUCAAGGCAAAGCAGGACCAGUUAGUGUUGAUCUUUGCUGGUAAAAUCCUGAAAGAUGGAGACACGCUCAGUCAGCACGGUAUAAAGGAUGGCCUCACCGUUCACCUUGUCAUCAAAACUGCACAAAAGGCCACAGGUGGUAGUUCCACGGCUGCUCCAUCCAGCUCCGGUGCCACACAGGCAAACAGUGGCAAUGCAGGCACCGCUAACCCCAGCUCAGCUAGUAACCUGGGCACAUCACAGGGCAGUGGGCCUUCGCCAGCCCCCUCGCAGCCAGCCAACAUAUUCACUGGGUUCGGUGACCUGUCCAGUCUGGCUGGCUUGGGCAUGGGCUCCGCCAACUUCAUGGAGCUGCAGCAGCAGAUGCAGCGGCAGCUGAUGUCCAACCCUGAGAUGCUCUCCCAGAUCAUGGAGAACCCCCUGGUUCAGAACAUGAUGUCCAAUCCAGACCUGAUGAGGCAGAUGAUCAUGGCUAAUCCACAGAUGCAACAACUGAUGGAGCGCAACCCUGAGAUUUCACACAUGCUCAACAACCCUGAGCUAAUGAGACAGACAAUGGAGUUGGCAAGGAACCCAGCCAUGAUGCAAGAGAUGAUGCGUAACCAAGACCGAGCGCUUAGCAACUUAGAGAGCAUCCCCGGAGGAUACAACGCUCUACGGAGGAUGUACACUGAUAUCCAGGAGCCCAUGUUUAGCGCAGCACGAGAGCAGUUCGGAAACAAUCCCUUCUCUGCCUUGGGGGGUAACACAGACGGCUCAGGAGCCCAGCCCUCCAGGACGGAGAAUCGGGAGCCACUGCCAAAUCCAUGGGGUCCACCUGACACCACCUCUUCUGGGACUGGCACUGGCACUGGCACAACCACCACCUCUACUACAAGCUCCACCACCCCCAGUGUCUCUAACCCCUUGGGUGUCGGCUCCUCUAGCUUGGGCAACGGUAUAUUCAACAGUCCUGGCAUGCAGAGUCUGAUGCAGCAGAUUUCGGAGAAUCCCCAGCUGAUGCAGAACAUGCUCUCUGCUCCCUACAUGCGCAGCAUGAUGCAGUCCCUGGCCCAAAACCCUGAGAUUGCUUCACAGGUGUUAUUGAACAACCCUCUUUUUGCUGGAAACCCCCAGCUACAGGAGCAGAUGAGACAUCAGUUGCCUGUGUUUCUACAGCAGAUGCAGAAUCCUGAAGCCCUUUCUGUGAUGACAAACCCACGAGCCAUGCAAGCUCUGAUGCAGAUCCAGCAGGGCUUGCAGACCCUCCAGACUGAAGCCCCAGGACUAAUGCCAAGUCUGUUUCCUGGUGGGAUGCCCGGUGGGAUUCCCACGGGAGUUAAUGUGACUCCGGAGAAUCCUCCGCCUCCCUCCUCUGGACAGGGCUCCACCCCCGCUGCUGGAACCAACCCCACCCAACAGCAGCUCAUGCAGCAGAUGUUACAGAUGUUUGCCGGAGGAAGCGCAUCGACCCAGACUCCGGAGGUGCGUUUCCAGCAGCAGCUGGAGCAGCUGAGCGCAAUGGGCUUCAUCAACAGAGAGGCCAACCUGCAGGCCCUCAUCGCUACAGGGGGCGACAUCAACGCCGCCAUCGAAAGACUGCUUGGCUCACAGCCCUCUUAAUCGCACCAGGAGGAAAUGCCGGGGCCCGGGAGCGAAGCAGAGAAACGAGACAUGAACACAGUCCUUCACCACAUAAUAUCUGACAAGCCCCCCGUUAAUAGACUGAAUUCCAAUUACUUCUCUCUUUUACUCGGUUGAUCUGAGAAUCUUAGGAAAUUGGGGUUUUCAAAUUUUUUUCCUUAGACCAAUAAAGCAAAAAUGAGAUCACAGUGGAUUAACAUCAGGCUAACCCCUCUCCUCUUUCGUUUGCGUGCGUCCCCAAAUAAAAUGGGACAAUGCUUCUAUGAACCAAGUGUAGCUUACCAUUCCUUAUAAUUGACACAUACUCACUUGAGGCACUACUUUCAUGAUUUCGGGAGUAGGGGAAAAAAUACAGAAGAUAUACUAAGACAGAGGAACCCAUGUCUUUCAUGAAGAUGGUCAGUUUACUUAAAAAUUUUCUGUCUCUCCUAAGUCAAGCCUGACUAAACCAGUAUUUAUUGCAGACGAUGUAGAAGUUACCCUUUAUUCCUGUACCGCGCCUCCACGAUUCACAGUGCUUUAAGACAUCCUUCUCAUUUGACAUUGUUAAUUGAAAUCUAAUAGAGGAAGAUGUUGGAAAUCCCUGUUUGAGCAUUUAUAACAACCUCACGCAGAUGAUCGCUUACUCUUCAGCUAUUUAGAGAGGAAAUGAGCUUCUGGGAGUGAGAUUCAAGAUAUUCAGUCAUCUCUUUAGUCUUUUACCUUUUAGGGGGAGUGUGAAUGAUUUUGCCGGUAAAAGCUGGUGGUUAUGGGGAAAGGUUGUAACAAGGCAUCAAUAAAAUACUUCUCAGCUUACGAGCAACGCCGAAAGCAGACACCAUUUUUUUUGUUUUGACCAUAUCUUUAUGCUUUGACAUAGAAGUACUCUAGUGCGUGGAAGGCAUUGUGUACUGGAUACGUCAUCCUAUACAGUUGAUCUGCCAGUGAAUCUGGUAACAGCAUGAAAGUUGAUGCUAGCUUUUCUGUGCACCAAUCUCAGUGCUAACCAACAGCAAUCUAAUGGAACUAACAGUUGAGUUUUGAUGUGAAUUAAAAUGUGUUCAACUUUGCUUUUUUGCUGCACGUUCAUAAUCCACUCUCUCAUCUUAUUUGAUUAAUUACAUUGCAAUAAUCUGAACUCA